UGCCAAAACGGCGUCGCUGCUGUGAGGAUUGGAAUGAGUGAUUUCUCGAUUCAGUCUCACACCGCACCGCCAUUGAAAAAGUACACGUUUCGCCAUUUGCGUGUCAAUCACCGCACAAAAACUCAAAACCUAUAGUCUCUCCUCUCUCCCUCAACCUCUCUUCGUCACUUAGCUGCUACAGAAAAAUGGCGAAGAAACUCGUUAAUCGCUGGAAGAAGAAGCCAGCAAAACGAAUCAGCAAAAGGAGGAAACUCAAAUCGGCGUUGAAGAUGAUCUUCAAUUAUAUGAAAUCGGACGAUUACAUGUUUGCGCCGUUGAUCAGCCCUCAAUCCACUCCCUCGCCUUCCCCUGUUUCUCCAGAUGAAGUCUCCAUGGACGAGAAAUUGGUGGAGGAUUAUCUGAAAUGUGAUGCAUACAUGUAUGCCCCCUUAGUUGUUGACCAGGGUACAACAAUUCCUUCUUCAGAAAAUGCAGGUACUAAAGGCAUAGUAACGAGCCCUAGAGAUGUCCUAAGGCGAAGAUGGAUUGUUGUUGAUCAUAGCCUUUUGCAAUCGGAAAGAGUUAAGCAUGUACAUCGCGAAGGAGAAGAGUUGUCACAGAAAGCCGAGCAAACUGAGAAUGGUGGCUCAUACAUAGCUCACUUUGUCCACCCAUAAUGCUACCAUGUAAUAGAUUUACUCUACUUUGGUUUGGCAUGUCUCAACUAAUUAGCUUAUUACAAGUAGAUGCUACUUCAAUUACUAUAAUAAAACCCUUCAAAACAUACUUCAACAAA